GCAUUGCAGUGGGUGAAGACUGGGGAGUUUUUGUAAUCGAGUAACAAGCAAAGGAAGGGGGUAAAAGAGGAGGAGAAAAGCAGCGGAGGAGGGGAUGGGGAGCAAGACUUUGCAGGAUAUAAAUAGCCUGCAGUCACCUUGGAGAGCCGCACUUCUCCCUGGAACUUCACUCACUACUUGAGAAGCCAAGAUCAUAUCGAAGAAUCAUGAAGAGCGCAAUGGUGAGGAUGCUGGCCGCCCUGAUGUGCGUGGUGUCGGCUUGUGCUGAGGUCGCACCGGUCGCAGACUUUGACCUGCAGAAGGUAAGAUAGAGUUGGUCAUUCUUUGGCCAACAGCAGCUGCAGAUAAAUGAUAUGAUAACCAGAGUUGUUUCUUUUGGACUUGUAAAAACUUCAUAUAGAAAGAAGAAUGUGGUUAGUUGAGCAUUCACACUCACUUUACUCUGCAACAUCCUGUAUUCCAGAUGGCAGGCAAGUGGUAUCUUGUUGGUUUUGCCACCAAUGCUCAGUGGUUUGUGGAACACAAAGGAGGGAUGAAGAUAGGCACUGCUGUAGUAACACCAACUGAGGUGGGAGACAUGGACCUCUCAUAUGCUAACCUGAAGUGAGUAAAACAUCCAAAUCAACGAGUCUCCUCUGACGAAAAAGCCGAAAUAACUAACCCUUAAAUGUUUUCUGUCCCUUAGUGCUGACGGGACCUGCUGGAGAAUGACUCAUCUUGCUAGGAAAUCAGAGACUCCCGGACGCUACACCUUCCAUAGCCAGAGUGAGUACAGCUCAGCAAAUGUCAAACCACACAAGAGUGUCACAUACAUGAAUCCAGCAGCCUGAUCUGUCUGUUUUACUUUCCUCAGUCUGGAACAAUGACAACGACAUGCGCAUUGUAGAUGUUGUAUAUGAUGACUAUGCGAUGGUCCACACUAUCAAGACAAAGGCGGGAGUGUCCGAGGUGCUGAACAAGCUCUACAGUAAGUUGGGACAGACACACAUCAGGAAACAGAACAAGUAAAUGUGUGAACGUAGGAAAAUAAAAAAUAUACUAAUCUCAUUUUGCAGGCCGAGGCACUGUGGUCAAUGAGGGGCUGCAGCAGAAGUUCACACAGCUCUCCCUUAAUACUGGCAUCCUCCCUGAUAACAUCGUCAUGCUUCCCCAAAAUGGUAUGCUACAGCACACCUAAAUGUCAAUGUAAUUUGAUAAUUAUGAAACAGGAAAUACCUCUGCUUACUCACCUUUCCUUGUGGGUUAACAGGUGAGUGCCCUGAAGUCUGAGGAGUCUCCUGCUGCUGCCAAUACUUCAAUCUGCAUCACUUGCCAAGUCUUUCAUCUUAGAGGUCUCUCACUUAACCCCCCCCUCGAGCGGUGGUGUCUGUGACGCCACAAAAACCACAUUGGAGACAAUGAAGCAUUUAUCUCAACCCCCGCUGCAACCAAAGACUAAGUCCAAUCCUAUUUGAGACCUCACUUUCUCCAUCUUGCAUUAUCUGCUGCAUUAGAGAGGAAAUCCAAAGGCCAGGCGGUGAAAGAAAGGGAAAGAGUACAUAAGACUGUGAAUGCUGUUUUUCUUUUUUUUUUUUAGGAUUUCUGUGACUGCUGAUUGUCUUUUGUUAUGUUUUUUUUAAACAAGCUCAAAGCCAAUAAAAAUAAAACCUUAAAACAAAAGUUUUAGUGUUGAUUAUUUCUUUUGCAUAAAUUAUUUGAGAUAAGGAAUUGUGGGACUGAUUUAAUUGUCUAUUCCAAUACUGACCCCUACUGGUGUUUCACUGCAAUGGAACCAGAGUUCAGGAGGGAUACAUGACUAAAUAAAUAAAUUAAUAAUAAUAAUAAUAAUAAUAAUGAUGAUUAAAAUGCUAUGUAUUUUUAAUUUUAUUGUAUUUUUAA